AUGGCUAAUGCUGGACCGAAUGAUAAUGGUAGUCAGUUCUUCAUAACUAUCGGAACAGAAGGUACUCCCAGCCUUAACAAAAAGCACACCUUGUUCGGAAAGGUUGUUGGCCCAACUGUGUAUAAUAUGUUAAACAUUGCAAACUGCGAUAUUGGUGAGGAUGAGAGACCAAAAACGAUUAACAAAAUUUUGGGAGCGAAGAUUGUGAGCAACCCUUUCAACGAUAUCGUGCCCAGAGAACCAAAGAAGAAAGAAAAGAAAAAAGACAAGAAGAAGGAAGAAAAGAAGGUGGAGACUAAGAAGUUGAAUCUGUUAUCCUUCGGUGACGAAGCUGAGGAAGAUGAAGCUGAGAUCGAGCAAGUGAACAAGAAAUUAAAUAUAAAAGGAAAGUCAGCUCAUGAUGUUCUCCAAGAUGAAAAGCUGAGCACUCAAGUUGCUGUAACACGUGAUGAAUUUGAAGAUUACGAGCCUGAAGCAAAUGAGGAUUCCAGUAAAGUGUCAGAGUCGCUGGAUAAGAUCAGAGCUAAGUUCGCGAAGAGAAAAAAGCAAACGGAGGCUGCCGAUGAGCCUGAAGAGGAAGAGAAAGAAAUUGAUUAUGAUAAGAUGAAAGCAGAGCAAAGGAAAGAAGAUGAAGAAGCCAGAAUAUCUGAGAUGCAGAGUGAACUAAAAGCCAUGCAGAAAGAAUAUUUGAAAGCCAUACGUGGACCCAAACAGAAGAAGAAUCAACAAGGCAUUUCGCUGG